AUGAGUUAUACAGAAAAGCCUGAUGAAAUUACAAAAGAUGAGUGGAUGGAAAAACUCAAUAACUUACAUAUUCAGCGAGCAGACAUGAACCGCCUCAUCAUGAACUACCUUGUCACAGAGGGCUUUAAGGAGGCAGCGGAGAAGUUCCGAAUGGAGUCUGGGAUUGAACCUAGCGUGGAUCUUGAAACACUUGAUGAGCGAAUCCGAAUCCGAGAGAUGAUCCUCAAAGGCCAGAUCCAGGGGGCGAUCGCACUCAUCAACAGCCUCCACCCCGAGCUCCUGGACACAAACCGCUACCUGUACUUCCACCUGCAGCAGCAGCAUUUGAUUGAGCUGAUCCGGCAGCGGGAGACCGAGGCCGCACUGGAAUUUGCGCAGACACAGCUGGCUGAGCAGGGUGAGGAGAGCAGGGAGUGCCUGACAGAGAUGGAGCGCACGCUGGCUCUUCUGGCCUUCGACAGCCCCGAGGAGUCACCCUUCGGAGACCUGCUCAACAUGAUGCAGCGACAGAAGGUGUGGAGUGAAGUUAACCAAGCUGUCCUGGAUUAUGAAAACCGUGAGUCAACCCCCAAGCUGGCAAAGUUACUGAAACUACUGCUGUGGGCUCAGAAUGAGCUGGACCAGAAGAAGGUGAAGUAUCCCAAGAUGACGGACCUCAGUAAGGGUGUGAUUGAGGAGCCCAAGUAG